AUUAUUGGAGAAAGGCCUUUAUAGUCCAGUCAGUGCAGCAGAAUUAAAGUUGAAAAAACUUGAAACUUAUUGUAAAUAUUUGUGUACUGUAGUACAUUAGUUUAUUAAAUACACACGUAAACAAUAAAAUAUAUAUUUUUUAAAUUAAAAUAAAAAAUAAAACGAAACGAUGGCAACGUCUAAUUCUGAUGGUUUACCAAAAAGUUUUAUUUCUGCAAUGAAAACUUUAUUUGAUAUUAUGGAUGAUCAAAAUACUGGUUUUAUAAAAUUUUCUGAUAUUAAAGAACGUUGGCAGGAUGAUGGUGCUCAGGGUCUUCCUAAAGGUGUACUAGAAAGUUUGAAAAAAGUUGCCCCAUCGAAUGGAAUGUUAUCUUUUGAGAGGUUUUGUGCAGGUUUAAAAAUAUCUCUUUUGCAUGUAAAAGUUGAAAGUGAUGUCAAGAAGCACGAUUCCCAACCUAAUAGGCCUCCUUCUGCACCGACACUUGUUGAGGCAGACACAAAAUCAACUUGGUCUUCUCCAAAUACAGCAACAAUUAGACCUAAUAACGUUAUCUCACAGCAGCGUACUCUAAGCAUGCCUCAAUUAUUAUCUGGACAGAAAGAAAGAAACUUACAAUUCGAGAAUGUUGUAGACUCUAGAAAUUGUCACGAUCAAAAACCACCAAAAACUUAUGGUUUAUCAAAAUCCCGUCCAAAUCCUAUUCUUGAUGGAAGAAUUCUAAAUGCUGAUAGGAAUUUCGACAAAUCUGAAAUUCGUACAGCUCUUCAAAAUUGGCAAAUGAAUCUUUUAAUGAAUGAUGACAAAUGUUUAGAUAAACGUCCGUUGCCUGAUAGAUAUCCCGCAGAAUCCAGAUCUCUUUUAAGGCAAGUUUCAAAUCUGGGAGAUGAAAAAGUAGUGGAAUUACAAAAUAAUCAUGUCAAUAUUGAUAUCAAUGCCAAAAAGGCAUUAAGUCGACGUAGGGAACCAAGGCGGCAUACAUUGCAAAAUGGAAUCGACUAUAAUAUGAUGAAGAGAAUGAAACAAAUUGAACAAGAGAAAGAUGUUUUGCUCCAAGGUCUUGCUGCAGUUGAAAAAACUAGGGAAUGGUAUUUGAAACAGAUAUCUGUGAGCCAGGAGAAAAUUAAACAUCUUGGUCAGAUGGGUUCUCAUGUGGAGCAGUGGACGGAAGCUCAACAAGAGCGCUUGGAAUUGCAAAGGGCAAGAGUCCUUGAAGUUAACCGACAUUUGGCAGCUCUGAUAAGCAGUUGGGAACGUGGUGGUCUAUCAUUUCAUAUUUUUUUGAGUAGCAAUUCUCAGAUGAAUCAAAAUAUUGUUUCUAGAUUAAAGCAACAAAAUCAAAAAUUAACUGAGGAAGUAAACAAGAAAGCCCAGCGAAUUGCACUUUUGGAACAAGAGAAAGACAGUCUUUUACGAGAAAUUAGACAAUCCGGUCUUGUUCAAUCUCGAAGAUCAACGGUAAUACAUGAGCAACAUAAUCAAACGUUCAUAAUAUGACUACAUUGCAGAAUUAAUUUUGCAGCAAUUGAUGCAGAAAAAUUUCCCAACCAAAAGCAUCUUGGAAAAUUCCCAACUAUUACUCGAAACUGAAACUAAUAAUUAGUGCUAAAAAAAUAUAUAUAAAGUUUAUUACGACUUUAUUGUAAACAAUUAGGUGCAUAUUUUAUAAUCAUGUUAUCAAAUUAUUAUAAACUGUUUCUACAUAUUGUCACCUUCUUUAAAAGAGGGGAAAUCUUUAUGCACUCAUUGAUUGCAAAUUCCGUCCAUUACCAUUUAUUUGUUUUUUAACGAAAAAAAAAAAAAAUACUUUUCCAGCAAAUAUAAUCUCUCAAUAUUUAAAUGAAGGUUUGGCAUAAAAAAACAAAACUUGUUUAAAACAAACAAUUUUAAACUUGGUAUAUCUUGUGAUUAAACAAUUGUUUUGAAUCAACAAGUUAAUUUUCUAAAAUAUACAAAUAAAUAUAUAUUACUACCAAGUUUCAUUUAAAUUGGUGAGGGUGCUUCGAAAAAGUAUUUUUCUUUCAACAUUCCAUUCAAUGUAAAGUCAAAUGUUAUCAUCUAUUCGUCAUUGAUAACGGGAUUUCGAUAACGAAUCAAAAUUAAUUAUUUUAUCUAGAAUGUAAUAUAUUUUAUUUUUAGUCAAAUAAAUAUUUUCAAAAUAAA